AUGCCUCGCGUCGCCAAUGCUUCGAAGAGCCACCGUCGCUCAAAUGGCGGCACCACGACACCGCACAAGAACUCUCCCAUCAAGAUCCCGCUAAACGAUGACAUGGGAGAAAAGGCUGCUCGGAUGCAGUCGCGACAAGCCCUUCAUGACCGUCAAAUGAACCAGAUCAAAGCGGCUGUGAAAACGCCUAUGCCCCCGCGCAGGACAGCUUACGACCGCGCUGACAGCCAAAGUCCGACGACUCCGCGCGGCUCCCUUCGCCGAGGUCGCGAAAGCGAUGUGGAUGGCCGUGGUGGCAGGGGCGCAACUCCAGUCAAAAGAGUCCCGAUCCUCGCCAACUUUGAAGAGUGGAUGAAGAUGGCGACCGACAACAAAAUCAAUGCUGCCAACUCUUGGAAUUUCGCCCUGAUCGAUUACUUUCACGACAUGUCUCUGCUCCGAGAAGGCGACGGCGUCAACUUCCAAAAAGCCAGCUGCACGCUUGAUGGUUGUGUCAAGAUCUACACUAGUAGAGUGGACAGUGUGGCCACUGAAACUGGAAAGCUACUCAGUGGUUUGGCCGACAGUCGCGACCGCAAGGCCCAGGAAGCUGGCGAAGGCGCCGAGGGCGAAGAUGAAGACGAAGAGGGCGAAGACGGCGCCCCGAAAAAAUCCAGAAAGAAGACUCGAUCUCACGAAGCAACACUGGCCCCAUCCUUUGCUUCCUUACAAUUGAAAAAGCUUGAACUCGAAUUUGCGGUAGACCCCUUGUUCAAAAAGGCGUCGGCAGAUUUUGAUGAAGGCGGCGCCAAGGGAUUAUUGCUGAAUCACCUUUCGAUCGAUGGCCAGGGCCGAAUUGUCUUUGAUAGUAGUGAUGACGUUGACGAGACAACCAAUCCCGAAGGUCCCACGCAAGAAGACGAGGCACAAGAAGAGACUGAAGAAAAGAGUAAAGAGCAACAAGACGAUCCAAUGGAUGUCGACCCAGUGGAAAUUGAUAUCACGGCUCUAGCCAACAAGUUUUUCCCUGACCUAGAUCGCCUUGCUGAACAAGACAUUUGCCCGUCUCUCAAGAAUUUCGACUUAGGCGACCCUAGUGGCUCCAACAUGGCAAUGCUGAAAGCUCCCGAUGAAUGGCGCAAUGAUAGGGUCGGUGAAAAUGACGAACAAUCCGGUCGCUUGGGUGAUGCAUCAGGCAUCAUGCUUGACGAUGAUAAUGCAGUUGGUUUUGAUGAUGAUGAUGGAACGUUUGCAGGCUUUGACAUUGGUGAAGAUGCUGGCUUUGGAGAGGGCGGAGAAGCCUGGGCGCGAGAGGCGGCAUUAGAACCGAUGCUGAAAGUUCAUCGAAUGGAGAUUGAUGGCGAAGACGAAGACGGUGAAGGACUGGACAACGGAGAUGCAUAUACUCUAUCGCUCUCUCACCAACCAUCUAACAAAGAGCACGAAAACAUUCUUAGCUACUUUGAUAAUGCGCUUCAAAAGAACUGGGCUGGUCCUGAACACUGGCGAAUUCGGAGAAUCAAGGAAACUACAGCGGCAUCGUCCACAACUACUGCGCCCAAGCAGCGCAAAGAAAAGGAACCGUUUGAGAUCGACUUUUCGGCUCCACUCGAUUCAUCAGCGGCCGAGGUGAUAUAUACUCAAGCAAGCUCCAACUCAGCGAUUUCGAUACCCAAGACGCAAUGGAAGACAAAAGGCCGCAACCUUCUCCCCGACGACAAACAUUUCAACUCACAGCAAUUGCUCCGGCUCUUCCUCAAACCUAAGGCCCGUAUGGGAUCCCGACGAUUCCUUGGUGUUCACAAGAGCAUUGAACGGCCACAGGGUGUACCCGUGGCUGGAGAGAUGGACGAGGCUUUCUGGGCGAACCAUAAGCCAGAGAACGACAUGGCCGCAGGGGAGGACGAUGGCGGCGCAGCAGGAACCUACGAUGCGAACUUCUUUGCGGAUGACGAUGGCCUUGCUUUCCCCAACGGGCUGCCAAUGGGAGACGAUGACGACGAUAACAUGCCGUUCGCAGAUGCUCGAGAAAUGUUCUCUCCCCCGGUCGAUCCAAAUGCUCGGCCGACGACAUCGGCUGGCGGUGGUGGUUUGACAGCGCUCUUGAACAUGGUCGGGGCGACGCCUGGAUCUGCUCUCCAUGGCGGAGGAUUCGGGUCUCAGCUAGUGACACAAGGUGGCCGUCGUGUCCGGCCAGACUAUGUAGCUUAUGCACGUGUUGCUAAGAAGGUGGAUGUUCGACGGUUAAAGGAGGAAAUGUGGAAAGGCAUGGGUGAUAGACUGAUUGAGUCGAUGGAAUUCAACUCGUCCUCGGAGGCGGCAGCUGUGGUCAGCGCGCCUGAAGAGCAAACCGAUGACGAUGGCCCGCCCACACCUACGCCGAAGAACCGGCAUCCAGACGGUGACCAUGUCAUGUCGGAUGCUACAGCAGAGCCGGAGAAAGAAGGCCAGCUGCGGUUCACCAACAUUAUGAACUCGCUCAAGUCGGUUUAUCCAGAAGAAACGCUCCGAGAUAUUAGCACGUCAUUUGGAUUUAUCUGUCUUUUGCAUUUGGCCAACGAAAAGGGACUGGUGUUGCAGGGCGGAGACCCUUUCGCGGAGGGCGGUGGCUCUUUGGAAGAGAUUUACAUUUCUCGGGACGUUGGCGCAGUGAUUGAAGAAGGUGGAAUGUAG